GUCAAUCCAGCACCGCUUUGCUGCGGUGGAAAUCCAAGAGGCAAGAAAGGAAGACGUGUUCUGUAACGGAUUAGCGUUGAGCGUCGGGCUUCUGGUGCUAUCGUAGUUUCUUGUGCGUCUACGUCGACAGACUUGGAGUAACCGUUGAUCGAAAGAUGACACUCGGCAGAGGUGAGCCUGCCGCUAGUCAGUGACCGAGUGAAGACUUCACUAACGAUAUAAGUGACCGAGUGCAGACUGGCAAGUGCAUAGUCGUGCAGACAGAGUGAUGUGUUUCUUUAUGCGAUUACCCAGCGCAUUAAGUUCUUGGUAGUGUCUUACCGCAAGUGCAAACUGUUUUCUGUGCCUCGUUUUUUUCGUACGGAGUGCUUCUCUUCACCGAGUGGAACUUGAGUGAAAUAAAAUGACUGUAGCCGUGGAGCACAAGCGUAAAAGCUCGUGGGAUUCGAAGAUCUCAGUGAGCACGGUGAGCACACGUCGAUUCAGUCGAGCUGGAACACCAAGUUCGAUCUUAUCGUCCGACAGCGACAUCCGAUUUACGAGAAAACUGGGCGGUCAGUAUCGUUGCGGAUGCUGCGUCCUUGCUGCUUUUUUGCUAUUCCUGCUAUUUGCCAGUGUUGCGAUUUACCUUGGAUACACAUUUCUCAGUGCGGAACCGCCCGGAGAUCAAAUAUUUUUGGCGACGUUCCGUGUCGUCGAUGGUGAUGUUUUUGUCAGCGAUUUAGCAGACCCGUCCACAGAGGCUUUCCGUAUUCGAUCAAGAGAGUACAGAGACCGGUUGAAUCUCGUGUUUAGAAGAAGCUCUCUAAAACUCUACUUCUUGGUGACUGAGAUCCUCGCCCUAGACGGUGUCGACGGCCGUGACCUAGUGGUACACUUCGACGUAAGAUUCGAUCCUCGGUACCGUACAAUAACCGCCGCUGAUGUGGCCGAGGUUCUUGCGCAAGAGAUAUCCCCUGGAUCUCCCAAGUACCUAGGAAACUUAACGGUCGAUCCGAAGAGUGUCGAGGUGCAGGAAAGUCGGGAGGCUCUCACUGCUCAAGUCAUUCUACAAACUACCGCCUCCACACUUCCGCCGACAACCACACCUCCGCCUCCGAGAAGAUGCUCUAGGCUUGGUCUCGGAUACUGCAAACAUCUGCCCUACAACGUCACUUCCUAUCCCAACGUCCUGGGUCAUCGAUCUCUUCAGGAUGUUCAAAACGACGUCAUCGCUUUCAGAGAGCUCGUCGACGCUGAAUGUUAUCGUCUGGCCUACGAUUUCGUCUGCCAAGUAUUACAACCGGCAUGCUUACCGGGUUUACAUGAAGACAGACUCCACCUACCCUGCCGGAGUUUUUGCAGAGAGUUUUGGAACGGAUGCGGAAAUCGUCUACCGGACAGAAUUCGCGAUGCUUUAGACUGCUCCAAUUUCCCAGAGUACUCUGGCCCUGGAAGCUGUAGACCAAAACCGGGCUGUGUUCAGGAUCUUCAGGCGAAAGCACUGUCACCUCGAAUAUGCGACGGGAUUAUCGAUUGCCCUGAUCUUUCCGACGAAAAGGGUUGCUCCUACUGUCAAGAGAACAGCCUCCAUUGUGGAAUUGGAAGAGUUUGCAUACCUCGGAGUAAAAGAUGCGACGGAAAAAUCGACUGUCCGAAUGGAAGCGACGAAAAAGAUUGUCUUACUCUGGCCCCGAAUUUGAGCUCGUUGAGAUUACAGCCCGCGGACACCCCGCAUUAUCCCAAGUACAGUAGAGAGGGUUACGUGAUAUUCAACGAGAAGGGUAGCGUUGGAAAGCUAUGUACCGAAAACCUGAAUUCAACUCUUCCGGCGCCAGAGAUGGAGACGGUGCUCCAAACAGCGGCGAGCUCUCUCUGUACCCUGCUGAGCUACACGGGGGUCGAAUCGGUCGAAGUGAAGAUAGACGAAGAGGACGACGUGGCCUACGUGCACAUGGAGGACCCGUCAGCGUCGGAAAUCACGUUCGUCCGUGCUCCGUGCCCAAGCAAAGAGGUCAUGUACGUGCGAUGCUCGGAGCUGGAGUGUGGAAUCCAAGCUCUCCGCGGCAAGGGCAGAGUUCAGAGUCUGGCCAAAAUGGCCGCCCCCGGUGACUGGCCCUGGCACGUGGCACUCUUCAAGCAGGAGGUUCACGUCUGCGACGCGACCCUCGUUUCGUCCAGUUGGCUCCUGACAACCGGCACAUGCUUCCAAGGGCAACCGAAGGCCGAAUGGGUCGCCCGACUCGGUACCGUCAGGCUGUCGAGCUCGUCACCGUGGCAACAGGAGCGCCGAAUCGUAGGGAUGGUCAAGUCGCCCGUUGAAGGGAGCGGCAUUGUCCUCUUGAAGUUGGACCAGCAUGUAACCGCCUUUUCAGACUUUGUCAGACCGGUUUGUCUGCCUUCGAACGAAGAUCCUCUCCCGCCUGCCGAUAACUCUUCGUGCAACACCCUCGGCUGGGCGAGAAACCGUGACCUUUUGCAGAGGGUGCAGCUCCAGCACAGCGCCAUGCCACGAUGCGAAAAUAUCAGCAUAGUUUCGGUGAACACCGUAUGCACCGAGGCAGCCUAUUCCAACGACGAUUGCAACGAAGAAGAGGUGGCCGGAAGUCCGAUGCUCUGUCUCCUUGGCGACGCGCGAAGAUGGGCUCUAGCAGGUGUUGGAAGCUGGAGAAUAGCGUGUCCGAAGGCUGGAGUCGAACGGCCGAGACUCUACGAUCAGAUCUCGUCAAACGUGGCGUGGAUCAGAUCGACGAUAAGCUGAAUUUACCGACUCGCGCUGACGAUCGGCGAUUAUGCUUGUGUAUUUAUAAAUAAUUGUACUUUUCGUAGGAUCGUACGUCUCGACGCUAUCGGUUGAUCGCAGCAGCUUACCACGCUUCCAAUGUUACCAGGAUCUUCGUGCAUUUCAUUAUUAUUAUUAUCAUUAGAUUUUUUCUCAAUUUUUACACGAAGUUGCGUAUAUUUUAUUAGGAAUUAUAUCCUCUGACCCGUUGAAAUGAUGACUGGUCCAAGCUGCUGCUGAGAUUAAUGUUGUUAGAGAGUAACGAAAUGUGAUAAAAUCGUAGAUCUGCAAUGUCGCGUCUGAAAAAGAAAUUUAUUUACUUUAUGAUGUACUUGAAAAUAUUUGCCUACAUGCAUAUUUGAGGCGUGGCGAUAUUCGCACUGUAAUUUGACCUUAAUUUUUAAUCGUGUAUAGUUCUGAUCAAAUUGUAAAUACUAUUAUUAUAUUAAUCCAUAUUCUAUUCACAUUUUAGAUUUUAUGUUACCUCUUAUCGUACAAUCAGCUAUACUUAUAUCUUGUACAUGUGAGUACAGUUUAAUAUCAGAUGGAUCUACGUCUGGCGGACUUUUGAUCACGGCUAUAUAGGCUUCGGAACGUGUAUGAUGUGUAUAAUGCACUGUCGCCUAUCGACGCGACGUGUCGUUUAAUCUAUAUAGCAAUUAGAAGUGACAAUAUUAUCGUGAAUUAAAUUAGAAAGUAGAUUUUAUGCUCCAGUAUCGCGGCCUGAAUUCUUCGCAUGGAUCGCGUUUAGGCCUAGAUUGCAAAUCCCCGCUUAUUAUUUCACACUACUAAGCUCACCCAGUGUUUUCGCAUGUCCUGCAUUAUCUUUACACUUUUGGGGAGGUAAAAUGAUUUAGACGAUUCAUGAGAAUAAAACUUGAGACAUUUAAUCUGAGGAAAGAAGAUUCCAUUCCUUCAAGCAGUCAAUCUGCUUUGACUUUCGAAUUUUUACUGACAAAAAGUUCACGACCGUUAAUAUUUUCAUUACUUAUAGGUACUUAUUGUAUUUGUAAAAUCUUUGCGUCAUGUGUAAUUGUAAAGUGUGCCGUAUAAGGCACAAUUCCCACUUAUAAUGACCGUAUUUAUUUUGUUACCCAAUUCUAAAGAAUAAAAUUCUUAUUUUAGUUA